GAGGAAGAGGAGGCAGAGGAGGCAGCCUCGGCGAGGAGGCGUGAGCCCGAUGCUGUCCUCGAAGCCUCCCCUUCCCCAGUGGGCUGCUCAAACUUUGUCCGGGCGCGUCUCCUUUCGGGUGGGCUCUGUCGGAAGAGGCUGAAGAAGCCGGAGGAUCGCGCUCCGUUUUGGAUUGGACGCACGCCUUUUUGGGGAGCAAGUUGGACGGGGGAGAGGGGAAGGGGGAGGGAGGGGGUCUGGCAGCCCCCUUCUGCCUCUCGGGGUGGCUUCCCCAAAAGGGACCAUGCUUCCUUGGGUCCGGGCGCAGCUUUGGGCUCUGCUGCUGCCGCUCCUGCUGCUCUGGCUGGUGGCCGCGGCGGCGGAGGUGAAGGCGCGCGGGUGCGGAGAGGUGCGCGAGGCGUACAAAGCCAAAGGAUUCAGCCUGGUCAAUAUCCCCUAUCAGGAAAUCGCAGGGGAACACUUGAGAAUUUGCCCUCAGGAAUAUACAUGCUGCACAUCAGAAAUGGAAGACAAACUAAGCCAGCAAAGCAAACUGGAAUUUGAGAACUUGGUAGAUGAGACAAGUCAUUUUGUGCGCACAACAUUUGUGUCCAGACAUAAGAAAUUUGAUGAAUUUUUCCGAGAACUCCUGGAGAACGCGGAGCGAUCCUUAAAUGAUAUGUUUGUACAGACGUAUGGCAUGCUCUACAUGCAGAAUUCAGAAGUGUUCCAGGACCUUUUCAUAGAACUGAAACGAUACUAUACAGGAGGCAACGUUAACUUGGAGGAAAUGUUGAAUGACUUCUGGGCUCGGUUAUUAGAGCGAAUGUUCCAACUCAUAAAUCCCCACUAUCAUUUCUCAGAGGACUACCUUGAGUGUGUCAGCAAAUAUACAGACCAACUUAAGCCUUUUGGAGAUGUACCACGGAAGCUGAAGGUACAAGUAACGAGAGCUUUCAUCGCCGCACGGACCUUUGUUCAAGGGCUGACCGUAGGCAGAGAAGUCGCUAACAGGGUAUCAAAGGUCAGCCCUACCCCAGGAUGCAUCCGUGCGCUAAUGAAGAUGCUGUACUGCCCUUACUGCCGGGGACUUCCCACUGUGAAACCUUGCAACAACUACUGCCUCAACGUAAUGAAGGGCUGCCUUGCCAACCAGGCUGAUUUGGAUACCGAGUGGAAUCUCUUCAUAGAUGCUAUGCUUUUGGUAGCAGACAGAUUAGAAGGACCAUUCAACAUUGAAUCAGUAAUGGAUCCCAUUGACGUCAAGAUUUCUGAAGCUAUCAUGAACAUGCAAGAAAACAGUGCACACGUCACAGCAAAGGUCUUUCAAGGGUGUGGACAGCCCAAACCAUCUCCAGGUUUGAGAUCCUCCCGCUCCAUUCCUGAUAACUUUAAUACUCGUUUUCGUCCCUAUCACCCUGAGGAAAGACCAACAACAGCUGCGGGUACAAGCUUGGAUAGGCUGAGGACUAUCUGGAGGACAAUGCAACAUGCUGUCAUUGAUAUUAAAGAAAAACUGAAGCUUUCAAAAAAGUUCUGGUCAGCAUUGCCGUACACCAUCUGCAAGGAGGAAAGAGUGACAGCCGGCCUGUCAAUGGAGGAGGACUGCUGGAAUGGGCAUACCAAAGCAAAAUAUCUACCAGAGAUCAUGAACGAUGGCCUCACCAACCAGAUCAACAAUCCCGAGGUGGAUGUGGACAUCACCAGGCCUGACACAUACAUACGGCAACAAAUUAUGGCCCUCAGAGUCAUGACUAACAAGCUCAAGAAUGCUUACAAUGGAAAUGAUGUGAACUUUCAAGACACAAGUGAAGAAAGCAGUGGCUCAGGAAGUGGUAGUGGAUGCACAGAUGACAUUUGUCCUACAGAGUUUGAAUUCAUCACCACAGAAGCACCCCUUGUUGACUCGGACAGAAGGGAGGUGUACGCUUCAGCGAGUCAUCCCAGCCAUUCAGGGUUCACGUGGCUCAUCGUCUGCCUGGUCCUCCUACUGCAAAGACAGUGCAGAUAAUCCUAGCUCCGAUCAGUGAUGACUGCCUUUUAGCUACUGAAAAUAGAAUUAUAACAACACAGCCAACAUUCUCCUUUUCUUAUGCUCUUGGACAUAGGACCAUGUCACAAAACUUAACAGUUUUCUACAAGAGAAGAGCAGUGCGGCAACCUGCUCCCCCUUGUGCUUGCCCAAAGAGUACCAGGUGUCAGAGUGGACGGUUUCCUCUUUGUUUCAGAUAGCCGUGAAGACAAUGUGCCCUCCUCAGAGACCUCUUUCUCACAUUUUUAUUACGGGAGACUUUUCGGAACUUAUUUUGCUUUUAUGCUGCAGGAAGAGAAGGUGGGGUGGGAAAGGGUUGGGGCACAAGGUGUUGUUUUCCAAGAAAAGGGGAAGAGAAACAAAAACCGUCAAUGUGUUUCACACGAAACCUACAGCCCAGCAACAGCAACAAAAGUCAACAUCUGAAGCUCAAAAGAUAGAUGGCAGCUCUUUUGGGGGAUAUUUCUAUAUUACACUUCAGGUUACACAAAUGAUGUUUACCACUGAUACAUCUCUGAGUUCUGUUUUGUUUGUUAUGUGUCACAACAAAAUGGUUCAGGGCCAGCCCUACUAUUAGGCUAGAUGAGGCAAAAGUCAUAGGCAGAAAAUUGAUGAAAGGGACAGCCAUGGCAGCCUCUCAACCACUCCUCCUGAGCUCCCAAGGCAUGACACAUAUUUGGAAAACAAAGCUGUGCCUCCUAAACUAGCCUGCUACCUUUGGUUGCAAUGGAAGACACUGUCCCUUCAUCACUUUUGAAGAAAGAAUUCACUGUCAGUCUCGUUUGCUUCAGUAUAUGGAACUGAGGGAGCACACAAUCUUGUUUUGUUUUUGUUUUUUGCCUUAGACAGCACAAAAAAGUCCCACAACCCUGUACAAGUAUACAAUUUGUCUUCUAUUGGCCAUAAACACAUAUUGCCAAUAGGUAUGGAAAGAACCCAGACAAUCUCUAGUAACAGAAUAGCUUCUCCCACUCCAAAAAUUCACAUUAUUUACCCCAGUUCAUAUCUGAACUUUCUUUGACUUCACUGGUUUACUAUUUACUCAUGAUAUGUAACUCACAAGGGAGUCCACCAGGUUACACACUAUCACCAUUUGUAAUAACAAGUUAACAAUUCCUUAAAAUGUUUUAACUCAAGGGUUUGAACAUGGGAGGAAAUCACUUUCAACCUAAUCUCUUUUCUUUAGCUGUAGGUUGUGCAGUGACUGUGUUCAUUACCAAACCAAAAUGACAGUUUUCAAAGGAACCAACGAUGGCCACAAUUGGAUCGAUAUGUUAGGUUCUGUAUAGAAAUGGCAUCCUUCGUAUCUAUUAGUUUCUGUAUCAGAAGGAAAUUCUAGUGCUAAAACAUUGACACAAAUAUCUAAGUACUGAUGUGCAAAAUUUCUUUCACUUUUUUAGUCUUAGUAUGACCAUCUAUUUUUAUAUAUAUGAAUAUAUAUAUCUAUAAAUCACAGAUUUAAAAUUCUUAAUUACAAGCUCAGGGUUGACACAUCUUUGUAAGGGAAAAAUGUUUUGUCAACCAGCUUUUCUUUUAGUUAAGCUGCAUUGGAAAAAUACAUCCUUUCAUAACUGGCAGCUGCUAGAAUCAAAGAAGAUAACUUUUUUGCAUUUUGAGUUGCCUGUUUCUUUUUGGAAUUUCUAAGGGGCACCCCACUUCAUGAGAUUGUUUUAUUCGUGCCUUUUGUGCAAACAAGUGGGUGCGACACAAACAUGGAAAUACAUGGAAUUGUGUUUCAUAGGAACAAAUUGUACUCUGAGAUGCUUUCUUCAAAAGUCAGGUCAAUUGCCUUUAUGGUUAUAAUACCCUCAGUGUACAUCUAGAUAGUAUGGCCAGAGAUCUCUGUCUUGGGUUGUGUUGUGUAACAUGAUACAUACAUAGCUAUCUAUAUAACAGAGUUACUAAGCCACAUGUGUUAAAUUCAAGGCCCACAGGCUGAAUCCAGCCUGCCACAUCAUUUUAUGUGACCCCCUGGGCUUUUCAGUACCAGAACAACAUAGUUACAUUCAUACAGUCUUACAAUUACAAACAGCAAUUUGAAGGCAACCAUAAGUUUGAUGUGGCCCUCAGUGAAAAUUAGUUUGACACUCCUGUACUAAGGGAUAUGUUCAGUGAAUUGACAUGUUGCAUAAUGGGGCACAAGCAAAAAUGUCCUGAUUUGCACUGGGCUCUACAAAUACACAUUAGAAAUUUG